AUGGCCUGGUGGCGCAGCGGGAAUCUCUACAGCGGGUGGUACAGACAGCCCAGCGCAUCAUUGGGGCUCCACUCUCUGCCCUCGAGAACAUCCAGAGCCAGCGCACUCUGCGGCGGGCUCAAAAAAAGAAAAGACGGAUGGAAAAUCUGUAAUCUUCAAAACAAAUAUUGGGUUCGAAUUUCUCUAUACGAUUUGGCGUCCAAUACAGCAGCUGGUUCAGAUGGAGACAGUAACCGGGAUGCAGACCAUGCUCCACAGGAUUACCCGCCAGCUCCAGGUCCAAUUCCCUUCAGAGAUGAUAAACAGGAAACAAUGGUGGUCAGACCUUACCCUCAGGUUCAAGCGCUUGGUCCACCUCAGACAGUGUCCAUUCAGCCUGGGACCCCUGUGACUGUUCCCGCCUCCACGGUUCAUCUCCCACAGGCCCAGUCUACAGUGCUCACUGAGGGACAAAUGAAGGCUGUUUUGAAGUCUCCAAUGCCAAGUCGACUGAUUGCUCCAGCUCCAGUUGUCAAUCAGGCCCACAUCCCCAAAGUUCCAGGCCACAUCACAGUAACUAUAGAGAGCAGCAUCGCUCCAACGCCAUCCAUUCCAGUAGCAACAAUUAGUGGUCAACAAGGUAAUUUGCAUCACUUGAUGCCCGCUAAUAUUCAAAUUAUUAGAGGCAGUGCACCUGCACUGCAGAUAGGAGCUCCUCCUGUCCCACCCCAAACCUUCACAUCUCAUUUACCUCGAGGAGCUGCUGCUGCAGCCGUUAUGUCCAGCUCUAAAACUGUCCUGCGACCAGCAACAGGAGCGAGUGUAGGCCCAGGCCCACCCACUGUACAGCAUAUUAUUCACCAAUCCAUUCAAUCCCGUCCUGCAGUGACCACUUCUACUCCUGUGAUCCCGACCGUUGUGGCGAGUCGCACUCAGUCUCCUGUCAUCAGUUCAGCUGUUAGCCAUUCUACAGAUAUAGUCCAUGGACGGCCUGGGAUGACCAUUCACCCCCCUCCAGCCGCAGUCAGUAUUCAGAGACCUCCAACAUCUCGAGACAUAGCGACUCGAAUCACACUGCCCUCUCACCCUGCAAUAGGAGGUCAGAAAGCUCAGCCUCCAAACACCAUGACGCAGAAAUCAAUAUUCAGCACCGUGACACCAGUGGCUGCGGCCACAGUGGCUCCAAUCGUGGCAACUAACAGUGUGCCUUCAACUACAGCUAUAGGCUCUGUCCCACACUCUCAAAUGACUAGUAACACAUUGGUGACCAUGACUGUGGCCUCUCACUCCUCUCAUGCUACUGCAGUGACAACCUCCACCAUUCCUGUCGCUAAAGUGGUUCCUCAGCCUAUUGCCCAUUCAACGUCUCGCGUGCAGCCGGAUUACCCAGGCGAACGGGCGAACCUCAUCCCCAUCUCUGGACACCGGGCGUCUCCCAACCCUGUCACAAUGGAACCCAGGAGCGACCGGCCUACUGUUCCUGUCCAGUUCCAGUAUUUCCUUCCAGCAUACUCGUCCUCCUAUCCUCUGACACACACCUAUACCCCCAUUAGCAGCUCUGUGUCCACUAUUCGGCAAUAUCCAGUCACUCCUCAAGCCCCCAGUUCUGCGCUGCCCACUCAGCCGGGAGUGGGAGUGGCCACGACGGUGCACCUGAACCACAUGCAGCUGAUGGCAGUGGACCGCAUCGGCUUGCCCUCGCCCCAGAUCAGCACCCAGGGGAUCCAGCAGGCCCCCAUCACGGCUCAGGGCAUCCAGCCUUCACAUAUAGGAGUCCAGGGUCUGCACGGCUCCGCCCCCAUCACCACGCAAGGACUACAGCAGGCCACCGGUGUGACCCAGCAACCACAGCAGCAACCGCAACAAGGCCAGGGUGAUGCUAAACCAGUUGUCUUGGCCGACGGGUUCGUAGCCAGCCCCAUCAGCACCACGUUUGGGGGGACCCAGCCUGUAGCCACCAUGGUCCAAGCCCACCCCCAGGGAGCCUCUGUGGGGGGAGGUCCCACUUUAGUGUCCUCCCCGCGGCCCAGCAUCCUCCGGAAGAAGCCUGCCGCCGAAACGUGUGUGCGCAAAAACUUGAUUCCGGCUCAGCCCAGUGACCAGGGUGGGGCUAGGAUGGAGACCGCAGUGAGAGCAGCCGGAUCCCCCAGACCUGCAGGUCUGAAGCCUAAAACAGAGGUGCACAUUGCCGUGGCUCCUCCCGUCAUGGCGGCGGUGGAGGCAUUACCCUCUCAGCCUCUGGAGCAGCACAUCGUCUCCACGGCCCCGCAGCACAUGGCCCAGGCCCUGCCCACCAUGCUUUCUGCCCCAGGACCCGUGCCUCUCUCCCAGCCCUCCACGGUGCUCUCGGCUCUGCCCGCAGCCAUGGCCGUCACUCCCCCCGUGGCCGCGUCCAUGGCCAACGCCGUGGCUUCACCCACUCAACCCGCAGCGAGCAGCACCGUGUCCUGUGUCCCCAGCUCCACCGAGAUCAAGAUCAAACAAGAGGCGGAGCCAAUGGACACCAGCUCCCAGCAGCAAGAUUCCAAUGCUAGCUUGUCGUUGGCUCCCACACUCGGCUCUCAGGCCGCUUCUAUGGCCACGUCUGCCCCAGGAGAGCUUAUUCCAGGGGCCUCACCGCGAAAGAAGCCCCGCAAACAGCAGCACGUGAUCUCCACCGAGGAGAGCGAGAUGAUGGAGACCAACAGCACGGACGAGGAGAAGGCCACAGGACGACCCAUCACAGGGAGAGCGGAGAGGAGAGAGUCCCCGCCCAGAGAAUAUGUCGAUGAGGAAGGCGUGCGGUACGUGCAGGUCCGCCCCCGACCUCCCGUCACCCUCCUCAGACAUUACAGAAACCCCUGGAAGGCCGCGUACCACCACUUCCAGCGCUACAGCGACAUCCGCGUCAAAGAGGACAAAAAGGGGAGUCUACAAGAAAUGGCCAAUCAGAAAGGAGUGGCUUGCAGAGCUCAAGGCUGGAAGAUCCACUUGUGCGCCGCGCAGCUAAGACAACUGACAAAUUUGGAGCAUGAUGUGUACAGCCGUCUGUCCACUCUCCAAGAAGGACUGAUCCCAAAGAAGAGAGCGGGAGGCGACGACGACCUGCAUAGAAUCAAUGAGCUCAUACAGGGCAACAUGCAGCGGUGUAAACUGGUGAUGGACCAGGUCACAGAAGCCCGUGACACAAUGAUGAAAGUGCUGGAUCACAAGGACAAAGUGCUAAAGCUGCUCAAUAAAAACGGCGCAGUGAAGAAGUCCUCCAAAUUAAAGAGGAAAGAGCGAGCCAAGACACACGCCACAAAGGAACAAGACGCAAAGGAAAUGUCCAGCAUGAUGCAUCUGAGUAAGGGGGAUUUCGUGUGGGUGGACACAGGAAGUGGGAUUCCCAUCGGCGCCGAGGUCAAAGUCACAGACACUGGACAACUGCAGCUGAUCGACGAUGAGGGAAAGGUGCACAAGAUCGACAAGAAGAAGGAGGUUUCCAUCAGACCCAUGCACCCAACCGCCGUGAAAGGAGUGGACGACAUGAUCCGACUGGGAGACCUGAACGAGGCGGGGCUGCUCCGAAACCUGCUUGUGCGUCACAAAGAGGGCAUCAUCUAUACGUACACCGGCUCCAUCCUGGUGGCCGUGAACCCAUACCAGCUGCUGCCGCUCUACACCACAGAGCACGUGCACAUGUACACGGACCGGCGGCUGGGAGAACUGCCCCCACACGUCUUCGCCAUCGCAGACAGCUGCUUCUUCAACAUGAGGAGGAACCAGAGGAACCAGUGCUGCGUCAUCAGCGGUGAAUCUGGAGCGGGGAAAACAGAGAGCACCAAACUCAUACUGCAGUUCCUGGCGGCGGUCAGCGGACAACACUCAUGGAUCGAGCAGCAGAUUCUGGAGGCCAACCCCAUCCUGGAGGCUUUUGGAAACGCCAAAACUGUUCGAAAUGACAACUCCAGCCGCUUCGGGAAGUACAUCGACAUAAACUUCACGGAGGGAGGAGCCAUUGAAGGAGCUCGCAUCGAACAAUAUCUGCUGGAGAAGUCCAGAGUCUGUCAUCAGGCACCGGAGGAGAGGAACUACCACAUCUUCUACUACAUGUUGAUGGGAAUGUCGGCCGAGCAGAAGAAAACUCUGUCACUAGGGACCACUGCAGAAUACAACUACCUCACCAUGGGAAAGUGCACAAGUUGCGAGGGCCGAGACGACAUAAAGGAGUUCGCACACUUCCGCUCUGCCCUGAAGAUCCUCAUGUUCACAGAGAGCGACUCCUGGGAAAUCUACAAACUCCUGGCUGCGAUCCUUCACCUCGGGAAUGUCCGCUUUGAAGGCACUAUUGUGAACAACAUGGAGAGCUGCGACAUUAAGAAAUCUUCCCAUUUUAACAUGACUGGAAAACUGUUAGAGGUGGAGCCCAAGUCUCUGGGGAAAGGUCUGACGGAGCGUUCGCUUAUGACCAACAGAGAAUGUGUGACGAGAUCUCUGACAUCUGCACAAGCGGUGGACGGCAGGGACGCAUUUGUCAAAGCCAUCUAUGGGAGAUUGUUCAUUUGGAUUGUGGACAAAAUCAAUGAAGUUAUUUAUAAACCAGAAACUGAGGAUUCGAACAGAGCUCCAAACUCCAUCGGCCUCCUCGACAUCUUUGGAUUUGAAAACUUUAAAAACAACAGUUUCGAGCAGCUCUGCAUAAACUACGCCAACGAGCAGCUACAACAGUUCUUUGUGCGGCACGUUUUCAAACUGGAGCAAGAGGAAUACGCACGAGAAAGCAUCGUCUGGGAACGCGUCGACUACAAAGACAACCAGCACACCCUGGACGUUCUGGCCAGCAAGCCCCUCAACAUGCUUUCUCUGAUCGACGAGGAGAGCAGCUUCCCCAAGGGGACAGAUACGACUAUGCUGCAAAAGAUAAAUCAAGUCCACGGUAAAGGAGGGGUCUAUGUUCCCCCAAAGAACGACUACGAGACACAGUUUGGAGUCCGCCAUUUUGCCGGGGAGGUCUACUAUGAUUCCAAAGGUUUUCUGGAGAAGAACCGUGACGCCCUGAGCUCCGAUCUGAUCCAGGUGGUGGAGACGUCAGACAAUAAACUUCUAAAGCAGAUCUUUCACAAUGAAGUGUCCACAAACAGCGGAAUCAAGUCCAGCGCCAACCCCAGGAUGAUCAUCAACGCCAGCAAGAGCAGCCUCCGGCAAAUGAACGACGGGAAGAAGCGCGUGCCGACUCUGACGUACCAGUUCCGUCAGUCGCUGGAGUCUCUGAUGAAGACGCUGACCGUGUGCCAGCCGUACUUCAUCCGCUGCGUCAAACCCAACGACUUCAAGAAACCCAUGUUGUUCGACAGAGACCUGUGCAUGCGGCAGCUGCGUUAUUCCGGAAUGAUGGAGACAAUUCGCAUCCGGAAAGCUGGGUACCCCGUCCGCUACACUUUCAGCGAGUUCCUGGACCGCUACAGGGUCCUCCUCAAAUCUUCUGUCUGUGAUCCCAAAAAGGAGAGUAAGCAGAAGUGCUGUGAGAGCAUUUGUCACACUGUGCUGACGGGAGAAGGAGACUGGAAAACCGGCAAGACCAAGAUUUUCCUCAAAGACUUCCAUGACACGAUGCUGGAGCUGGAGCGGAUGAACUCUCUGCACACAAAGGCUCUCUUGAUCCAAAAGGUUCUGCGAGGAUUCAAAUACCGGAAAGAGUUUUUGAGGAAAAGGUCUGCAGCCCUCGUCAUACAGAAACACUGGAGAGGACACAAGGGGAGAAAGCUGUAUCGCACCGUCAAACUGGGCUUCGGGAGGCUCCAGGCGAAGGUGCGAUCUCGGCAGCUGCAGUUCCAAUACAAGAGGAAACGAGAGGCGGCCGUUUUGCUCCAGACUCAGAUCAGAGGAUUUUUGGCCCGAAAGGAGUGGAGACGGAAGCAGAGCGCCGUCCUCCUCCUCCAGGCCAGACUCCGGAGAGCUCUGCGCAGGAAGGCAGAGAGGAAGAAGUUCACAGAUAUGAAGAAGUCUGCUGCAGAGAAGGCGGCCGAGCAGCAAGAGAUCCUCCGGAAGCAGAAGUAUUUGAACGAGGUUUUGGAGAAGAAGCGUGAGGAGAAAGAUCAGACCCCCAAACUCACGGAUCAGGAGAUCGACUCCAUCUUUGAUGUUAUUCCUGAGUUCAACAAGGGAUUCGAGAAGUACGACCGUUCCAGGAUGAUUUCUGAGGAAAUCGAUAUCGACGAAGAGCUGAUGUUGAAGUACGAUGACCAGGACGACUUCGACGACCUGGACGAAUAUUCCUUCUCCAAAUUCGCGUCCGUCUUCUUCCAGGGAGCGGCCACAUACACACACAUCAGGCAGAGGCUGCGAGAGCCGCUGCUGCACCACGAGGACGAGGGGGACGUGAUGGCCGCGCUGACUGUGUGGUGGAUCAUUCUCCGGUUCAUGGGGGAUUUGCCUGAACCUAAGAAUCCAGUCCAAGUGAAUCAAAGAGGUCAAAGGAACGAUGUCAGGAGUCAGACUGGUGUUGACGUUUUGAUCGGAGAAGGACCCACACUCGAUCGUCCUCUGACUACUCUAGAGAAACUGCACAUCAUUGUGAGAUACGCGAUACUCAGAAGUGACCUGAGGGAUGAGAUAUACUGUCAGAUCUGCAAACAGGUCCAGGAGAACAACAACAGGAACAGUUAUUUCCGUGGGUGGAUUCUGCUCUCUUUGUGUCUGGGUAUUUUUCCUCCCAGUGAGAAAUUCGCCAAAUAUCUUCAAAGCUUCAUCCGGUUUGCCCCUAGUGGUUACUCAUCGUACUGCGCUGAGAGACUGAGGCGCACAGUGCAGAACGGAGUUCGCUCAGAGCCUCCUAGUUGGCUGGAACUACAGGCGACCAAGACCAAAAAGCCCAUAGUGGUGACCCUGAGGUUGCUGGACGGUCGCUCCAUGACCCUGGCGGUGGACUCGGCCUCCACUUCCAAAGAGAUCUGUCAAAUGCUUGCAAACAAAAUCAAACUCAGGGAUACGUUUGGAUUUUCUCUCUAUGUGUCGCUGUUUGAAAAGGUGUGGGCUCUGGGCAGCGGGCGGGAGCACCUGAUGGACGCUGUCUCUCAGUGCGAGCAGGAGGUGAAGCGCAGGGGCGGGCAGGAGCAGCAUGCCCCCUGGAGGCUGUUCUUCAGAAAGGAGGUCUUCGCUCCGUGGCACGACUGCAGCCAGGACGACGUCAGCACGCAACUCAUCUACAAACAGAUCAUCCAAGGACUCAAGUCUGGAGAGUACCAGACGCCCAAGCAAGACGACCUCGUUGACCUGACGACUAAACACCUUUACAUCCAGCACGGUGCGACCUGCGGUCCAAACGACGUGAAGGCGGCGGUUCAAGACUGCAUCAGCAACACUCUGCUGGAGGCCAAGUCCGAGGCCAAGUGGACACAGAUGGUCAGCACGGAACACUCCCAGAAUCCAUUUGUGAGUCAGAGGAAGAACCCUGAAGAGGUGAAAGCGGAGCUGGUGGACUACGCCAGAGACAAGUGGCCGAUGCUUUUCUCCAGGUUCUAUGAGAUGGUGAAGACCUCAGGUCCUGCUUUGCCCAAGAGUAAGUUCAUUGUGGCAGUGAACUGUAUGGGAAUCACGUUUCUGGAUGAGAGAGAGAGAAAACUGCUCAACCUCAGCUACCCAGAAGUCACUGGAGUCAACAUCAGCAAGGAGGGGAAAGGCUCUGGUCAGAGAGUGAGUUUGGUGACCCUGAAAGGAGACUUCACGUUGAGUGGCACUCGAGCAGACGACAUGGCGGAGCUGGUCACCAUGUUCCUGAGUGGACUGACAGAGCGCUCUCAGUACGCCCUGGCUCUGAAGGACGGGGAGAGCACAGAUGACCCCACAUUCCUUCGCUUCAAAAAAGGAGAUCUCAUUAUCCUUGUUAAGGACAAUGAGUUUGCCCAGCAGCGGGGUUGGAUCAAGGGGCAGAGUGCGGGCUCAGGGAAGACCGGAGCAGUGCCCUUAGAAGCGAUUCUGAUUUUACCCACGCUCGCCAAACCAAGCAAUGAAGUGAUGAGCCUCCUGAAUCUGCCUCCGAACCAAAGAAAGAACAUUCCCAUUGAGACCGGGACCGUGGAGAGAGUGGCUCCGGCGACUCUCAGGGAAUACUCACUGCAGAAUUUUAGGCAGCCGACUAAAGACGUGAACAAGCAGGUUAUGUCCAGAAAUGCUGCUCCCGAGCGUCUGUGGGUGAACUCCAGAGAACCCAUCCGACAACCGCUGCUCAUGAAGCUCAUCGGAAACUCAGAACUCAGCCACAAAGCCUGCCUCGCCUUCACCGCUAUCUUGAAGUACAUGGGAGACUAUCCGACCAAACAGACCCAGAGUCCCCUGGAUCUCACGGACCAGAUCUUUGGACCGGCCACUCAGUAUGAGCCUCUCCGGGACGAGAUCUACUGCCAGAUCAUGAAGCAGAUGACCAACAACAACAACCGGUUCAGUCUGGACCAGGGCUGGCAGCUGCUGUGGCUCUGCUGUGGCCUGUUCCCUCCCAGCCAGUCCCUCCGCAGACACGCGCAAAAGUUCUUGGAGACGAGGCCGAGAGAGACGCUGGCCUCAGACUGUCUGCAGCGCAUGCAAAACUCACUCAGAAUGGAGCCCAGGAAGCUGCCUCCUCAUCAAGUGGAGGUGGAGGCCAUUCAACACAACAGUCUCCAGAUCCUCCACAAAGUCCAGUUCCCCAACGACACGGAAGAGAUUUUUGCAGUGAACACGACAACCAAGAUCAAGGACCUGAUUCAGAACAUCACCAAAAAACUCAAACUGGCUUCAGCCGACGGAUUCAGCCUCUUUGUCAAGACCCACGACAAGGUCCUGAGUUUGAAUGAGACGGAGUAUUUCUUCGACAGUCUCAGACAAAUCACAGACUGGUCCAAAAAGUCCAAGAGGAUCAAGGAUGCGCCUGGACCCACUACCAUCUCCUAUGUGGUCUUCUUCAUGAGGAAGCUUUGGUUUAAUGUGGUCCCAGGACGAGACCUCGAAGCAGAUCUAAUGUUCUAUUUCCCUCAGGAGCUGCCAAAGUAUCUGAGAGGUUAUCAUGUUUGCACAAAAGAGGAAAUGGUUUCUAUCGCAGCUCUGCUUUUCAGAAUAAAAACCAACAACGAUAAGACGCAGUUAGUGACACUCACCAAGUCCCUGAAGGAGUUGGUCCCGGCCGACCAACUCAAGGCCAUGUCCGACAACGAGUGGAAGAAGACAGUUGUCGCUGCCUUCAACAGUCAAGGAAACAUGACGGUGGACGAGGCCAAAGUCUCAUUUCUGAAAAUGGUUUACCGCUGGCCCACGUUCGGAUGUGCCUUUUUUGAAGUCAAGCAAACGUCUGAACCCAACUUCCCUGACAUCGUGCGAAUAGCCAUCAGUAAACAGGGUCUCACUAUAAUUCACCCCAAAACAAAGGAGGUUCUUGCCAAUCAUCCGUUUAACCGGAUCGCUAACUGGUGCAGUGGAAGCACUUAUUUCCACAUGACCGUCGGAAACCUGGUCAAAGGCAGUAAAUUUCUCUGUGAAACCUCAUUAGGUUACAAAAUGGAUGACCUCAUAACGUCGUAUGUGAACAUGUAUUUGAGAGAAAAACGAGCUCUUCAAACCACCAGGAACCCAUGCUUCGACAUCUGA